CGCAAGUCCCGUUUCAGCCUACUAUCGACAGACCCCUCUGGACGACUGGAAGCUUAUUAGUUAGGCACAACUCAUCUCAGGAGUGCCGCGCGAUCGCUGCUGUUUGGACGCCCCCAAAUGCUCUGAAUAAUUAAUCACUCUCUCCGGGUAGUCGAAAACCUACAGACAUGGCUGACGAACCCGAUGUGGCUAUGGAAUCUCUGGCGACAGCCACGUCGGACACUAGCGAUCAUGCCGAGAUAGUCGCACAGGUCGCAGGUGACAAACAGGUCGCAGGAGUCGCACAGGUCGCAGGCGACUCCGUCGCUGGCGUCGCUCAUCCCGCCGAGUUCGACAAGGAGCAAUUCGUUACUGUCAUCCCCCUGCAAGCCCUCGCCGUGCCGGCGCGGCUGGCGCAACGGACGUCUCGCAUCGUUGACGGCCACACCUUCGACCGACCUCGCUUGCGUCACAUCCUUCCACAUCCCAGCGACGCCUCUCUGCGCCUGGUGCUACUGGAUGACGUCAUCAAGGACGCCACCAAGGAUCUCCCACCAGCCAUUCGGCAGCAGCUGCAGGGGGAAGGGCUGUUCAACGUGGCCACGCACGACCAGUGCCUGGACUACUCGUACUGGCCCGCAGACCACAUACUGCGGAAGUUGCUGCCACCAGGGGUUGAAGUGCCCACAGCGUUUGAAACUGUCGGCCACAUCGCCCAUGUCAAUCUGAGGGAUGAGCUGCUGCCGUACCGCUUUGUCAUCGGGAGAGUCUUGCUCGAUAAAAACGCACCCCUUAUAAGAACAGUUGUCAACAAGAGCGGGAUCAUCGAAAACGAGUUCCGGGUGCCGACUCUCGAGGUGAUAGCUGGGGAAGGCUCAUCCACCAACCUAGAGACCUCUGUGCGCCAGCACGGGGCCACCUUUCACUUGGACUAUGCCCGAGUGUACUGGAACUCACGUCUAGAGCACGAGCACAAGCGCUUAGUGGAUGCUUAUUUCAAGAAGGGAGAUGUGGUGGUCGAUAUGUUUGCUGGUGUGGGCCCGUUUGCGGUGCCGGCUGCGCGCGCGGGGUGCGCCGUGUUUGCGAAUGAUCUGAACCCGGACAGUGUGGAGUAUUUAAAAAGGAAUGUGAAGGUGAAUAAGGUGGAGAGACGGGUGAGGGCUUAUAACGAGGAUGCACGGGUGUUUGUGAGGCGGGUUCUUAAGCCGCCGGAAGGGGGUGCAGCUGAGGAGGGUCCGGUCCAGGAGAAAGGGACUGUGGAGGGAGAGGAGGAGAAGAAAGAAGGGGAGAGGAAGGAGGAGAAAGAGCAGGAGGAAGCAGCAGGGAGGGGGUGAAGAGAGAAAGAGGCGAUGGGAGCAAAGAGGAGGAGCAGAGAAAAGGAGAUGGGAUGGAGGUGGAGGGUCUAGGGGAGCAGAGGCUAGAAGUGGGGAGCACAAGUGUAAAACGCGGGGAGGCAGUCGUCAUGGGGAAAGGGGUUGAGGGGGUGACGCGGGACGCACAAGGGCAGGCAGGGGAAGAAGCAGGAGAGAAUGGCAGUGAGGCACGGGAUGGUGUUGAGGGGGCUGGUGGCAUUGCGGGCCAAGACAGUUGUGGGAAAUCAGACGACAGAGACAGAAAUGAGGGGGGAGGAGCGGCUGAGGGAAUGGC